GGGGGAGAGAGAGUGCCGUGUGUCUGACUGUUGGUUGUUCAGAACAGCAGCGUGCUGAGACAGAGCGGCCUUGUCCUGUUGUUGUCUCGCCGAGUGUGACUGUCUCUCACUCCUUCCGUCACCCGCAAAUUGUUGGCCUUUGCCGUCAACUGACUGAGCAACCGACAGCGUUAACUGACAGAUCAGGUGACUUAGCCGCUAGCUAACUCUUUUCCCAACUGCAAAUGCUACUCUUAAAGAACAUUUCAGCGAAAAAUAGUUAAACAUAGCAAAUUGUAGCGAAACAUAGAAAGGUAGCGGACAAAAAGAAACGGAUUACUCACUACUUGAAGUGCGAUUUAAAAAAUAAAAAAGGUUAUUUGCACUGGCGCCUCAUUGACUCCAUGAGAAUAACGUCACACACUCGACCAGGAGAAAGAUGGACGUGGCUGUAGCAGAGGAGCCUCAGAAGAAGAUCUUCCGGGCCCGAAAGACGAUGAAGAUCAGCGAUCGACAGCAGCUGGAGUCCCUCCACAACACCCUCCCGUCCUCGAAGGCUGCCUGCCCCUCUCCCCCUCUGCUGAACGGGAGGCACCCGGCGGAGGGACAGAAGGAGAGCGAGAGGGAGAAGGAGAAGACGAGUGCGGGGAGCAGCCCGAUGGGGACCCGCUCGUCCUCGCCCGCCUCGCGCUCCCCCACUCCCCUGGCUCUCUCCCUCUCCCUGUCCCCGUCCCCUCCCGCCAAGACCCCGGAGGAGCCGGCCGCCCUCGGCACCGAGACCGCGCCCUCUUCGCCAGCGUCACGUGCGGGCGCCACGGAGAUGGAGAGAGGGAAAGGGGACGAGGGCAAAACGCCCGCGAGCCCCUCGGCGGACAGAGGAGAGGGAAAGCGUGGAGAGAAGGAGGAGGAAAAGGAGGGACGGGUGAAACCAUCCGUCUUGCCGGAGAAGGAGAAAGAGAAAGAGGAUGACCCCCCAAAACCCCAGGGGUCCCCUAAAGAAGCCCCUGCGGGGUCCCCUGCAGCUCCCCUCCCCUCUGAAGGAACGGAUGAGGACAGAGAGAAAACGGCGGAGACCAAGGAGGCGGUUGCCAUGGAUACCGGCCCUUCAAACGAUGCCCCGGAGGACACCACUCCCAUCCUGGACAAAAUGGCGGCCGCCGCCUCCUCCCUGGCGCAAAGCCCUGCUCCGCCGGGCAACACCACCACGUCCUCGCCGUCCCUCUCGCCCUCCCACGCACCGGAGUCCGACCAGGAGGUGAAGGAGGGAUUCCUGGUCCUCAGCGAAGAGGAGGAGGCCCAGGGGGACAAGGAGGAUGAGAAGGAGAAGGAGAGGGAAGAGGGCGAGGACCGGCAGGAUGGAGAAAAGAUGGAGUUGGAGAAAGGGGGUGAGAAGGAGGAGGGUACUGGAACUCGUGCUCAGUCCGCGUCACCCCCUCCUCCCGCCUCACCUGUGCCCUCUCCCGGAGAAGGCGGCGAGGUCCUGACGCGUCAGAGGAAGCGCGCCUUGACGGGAGUCGUGGAGCCCGGCCAGCUGCCGGAGAGCGGAGAGAAGGAGCAGCCGGAGAACCAGAGGAAGAGGCCGAGGGUGGAGAGGGACGAGCUGGAGGCCCACAUCGAGCUGAAGAUCAGCGGGAACGCCGACAGCCGACACAAGCUGGAGAAGGUGGUGCAGCAGUUGGUGGCAGAGCAGCUUCGGGUUCUGCAGCUCAGCGUCUUUGACAGGAGUCUGCAGGAGCUGAGAGAGAGGGUGGAGAAGAUCGACUGUGCCACGAAGCACCAACACACUCUUGACACGCUGCAGGCCAAGAUCACUCGACUGACCAAGAAGUUUGGAGCAGCCAACCAGGCCAGGGAGAACCUCAGGAAGCCCCAGGAGAUCUCCGCUCUAUCCUGUGCGCCCAGCGGCAGUCCCGCUCAGCGGACAGCCCGGUCCGUCCUGGACUCGCAACGAACCAUGCUGACCACAAGCCCAGCAGGCUCCACAGGUCCGCCCAAAAUCUUCUCCGCCCCCAGCCCCUCUACCUCCAGCCCGGUGGCCCCGGCCGCUGCUCUCUCCCUCAUCAGCACAUCCAGCUCGGCCUCUCCCACCACCUCCGUCACGAGUGCCCCGCCCUCCACGCCCCACAAACCCAACGCCCCCCACAGCCCCGCCACCCCCACCCCCUCCAAGCCCAUGUCCCUGCAGCCCCUCCUCAUCCAGCUGCCCCUCGCCGUCGCCAACGCCCAGGGCGGCACCCUGCUGGCCAAUCACGGCGGCGGGAUGGAGCUGGUUCCCGUGACCUCGCUCGCGGGGCCGAGCCCCCUGAACAAGGCGAAGGCCGCCAACGCCGCCCCCGCCACCUUCAUCCUGCAGAAGACGGUCCCGUCCUCCGCCGCGGUUCCCGUGCCCUCCUCGCCGUCGCUACCUCAGAUCACGCUGGCCCGGGCAGCCGUGUACGCGGGGAGCGGCGGGAUGGUCACCGCCCCCGGCUCCGCCGUGUCCGUCACCUCCGCCCGCACCCCCGCCCAGUGCGCCUCCGCCGUGGGGGCCACCUCCGCCUCCUCCCUGCCCACGUCCUCCACCCCCGCGGCCACGGGGGGGCAGUCGUCAGGGGCCACGGCCUCCGCCCCACUGUCCGGAGCGGCGAUGGCCUCGAAGACAGAUACUCAAGCUACAAGCCGUGCCCCUGACUCCACAACCGCAAAGUCACCAGCUCAGGCAUCUCGUGGCGGCAGGGCAGGGGCUGUCAUCGACCUGACUGAGGAUGAUGAUGAUGUACUAGUAACUGGGGUAAAGAAAGCUACGGUCCAAUCAGCUCCCAGCGUGUCGGCAUCCCCGUCCUCCUCAUCGCCUUCAUCAGUCGGCCAGCGGGCUGCUGGGGGCCCCCCGCCCCUCAACAGCCACGCCACCAUGCACUCUCAACCCAGCGCUCAAACUACAGUGAAUGUGUCACAGAGAUGCCAAGCUGUGGCCCCCAGUCCCUCUAGGGUCCUUCCUCACUCCUCCUCUAAGUCAUCCAUAACCCUCCCCAGCUCUGGGGCAGUUGGGGGUGUCAGGGGGGCAGUUGGGGUAACUGCGGCAGUGGGUUGUAAUCGGCUGGGCAGCCCCCAAGCCACAGGAGCAGCAGUGAGGUCAUCCCCUCAGAGCACUCAGCACCUGAAUGGGCCUCAGCUCACUGUGCACCAUCGCCCCCUGCAGGAGUCCCUGUCGAAGAGCCUGCCGUGUGCGGCGUUGGGCCCGGCGGCGGCGGGGCUGCCCCCCCUGCCCUCGUCCCCGGCCCCCGCGGGCCGGCUGCCCCCCGAGGCGGGCCACACCUCGCCCCCCCAGCAGCCGCAGCUGAAGCUGGCGCGCGUGCAGAGCCAGAACGGCAUCGUGCUGUCCUGGUGCGUGGAGGAGACGGACCGCACCUGCGCCGCCGUCGACAGCUACCACCUGUACGCCUACCACCAGGACCAGGGCCCCGCCGGCUGCCCCGCCUCGCAGUGGAAGAAGAUCGGGGAGGUGAAGGCGCUGCCGCUGCCCAUGGCCUGCACGCUCACCCAGUUCGUCUCCGGCUCCAAGUACUACUUCGCCGUGCGCGCCCGCGACGUCUACGGCCGCUUCGGGGCGUUCUGCGAGCCGCAGUGCACCGACGUCAUCACCCCCUCCUCGUCCUCCGCCUCCAGCUAAGGCCGGGCCCCGCGGGGGCGGGGGGGAGGAGAGACGCCGGAAAAAACGGACCGGAAACAUCCCCAGGACAGUGUUCUUUUUACCCCUCCUCCGCAUCCCUCCCUGUCGGACCUGAAGAGGAGGAACGGUUACCGUUGAAACCUGUUGUUUGAAUUUUUGCGCUGGAGGUCAGAUAUUUAUACAAACAACUUCUUUUUUUUUUUUUUUUUUUUUUUUUUUUUUGAUCUGGUUUGUCUGUAUGUUCUUUUUUUUUAUAUAUAAAUGAAAAAUAAAAAACGAUUAAACAUUGAGCCAAAAAUGGUAAAACUGAAAAAAACUGAAACAGAAGCGUAUUAAACAGAGUCCACGUUUAUUCCACAUAUUGACUAAAAUGGGAAAAAUGGAUAUGUUAAUUUUCUAGGUUUUGUCUGGUAACCAGACUUUAGAUGACUGAGAAAUUUAAAUUUAAAUAAAGUUAAUGAUAAGUAAA